AUGGCUGUCAUAUACUAUAAGUUCAGGUCGCAACGCGAUGACUUGGUUUCGACCAUCAAGUUUGAUGGGACCGGGCUCACGGUGUUCGAGCUCAAACGAGAGAUCAUUUAUGCCAAUAAGCUGAUCAAUUCCACAGACACGGAUAUUUUAUUAUAUCAUGCUGAAGAUCCAGAUAAGGAGUACGAAGAUGAUAAUGAAGUCAUACAGCGAGCUUCGACAGUACUAGUAAGAAGAACGUCAGGUGGCAAGAAAGGAAGAGGAAACGUUUUGCGAUAUAUGGCAGGAAAACCAAGGAUUGCAAAAACUCAAGUUCCCAUUCCAGUUUCAACAUCAGCUCCAGCACCUGUGGUAUCUGCCAAUGAAGAGGACCGAAUUCGUCAGAUGUUCAGUCAACAGGACGAUCAGUGGAACCAUCAACAGGCCCUCAUGGCCACUGCACAAAGGGUAGAAAGUAAUAGGCAAAAUUUGAAACUUGACGAAAACAUUCCUGAAUAUUACAUUUGCUACAAGUGCGGCGAGAAAGGAAAACAUCAUAUUAGAAACUGCCCAAAAAAUAACGAUCCCAAUUGGGAUGGAAUCAGGAUCAAAAAAACGACCGGAAUACCAAAGUCAUACUUACGAACCGUUGAUAAUCCAACUGACAUAGUCAACGAACCUAACCAAAAUUUCAUGGUGAACGAAGAGGGCAAAUAUGUGGUUGCAGUUGCUGAUAAGAAAGCUUGGCAAAGGUAUCAAACCAUUCAGCAAUCAAGGCAAGUGGAAGAUGAUUUCCAGAUCGAAGACCCCGAAAUGAGGGAUCCGAAUUCAGGUAAGCUUUGGAGAAGUCCUGUGAGAACUAAAUGCUGUAAACAGCUAUACUCAAGACCCUACAUUGAGGAUAUACUCUUGGAGUCAGAUUUCAAGUGUCCGAAUUGUGGUCAAGAGGACAUUUACCUUGAUUCUCUAGAAGUUGACGAGGCAUUACAAAAAAAAGUAGACAAUUAUUUAAAACAGCACAAGAGAAAAAAUGACGGUGAAGAAGAGCCAAGCAAGCGGCAGCACUUAGCCACAAUGAUGCCUACUAUGAUGCCUUUUAUGCCGUUUCCAGCCCCAAUGCCUCUACCAACUGAAAACAAGAAGUAA